GAGGCCGACGAGAGGCUGACAGCCUUACCUGAUCCAUACGAAUUCAUUGGCAGGAAUGUGGGCAAUUAUUCACAUUGCCCGCACCCUAAAUCCACCCCUGGUGUUAUCACAAUUGAAUUGGACAGUGAACCGUCAAGAAAGCUAGAUCAGCGUAGCACCAACGCCGCCACCGUUGAAGAAGGAAGACACUGGCACAACCACCAGCGCCACCAUGAGGAGCAGCUUGAUGGGUUUACAGCAAA